GCGUCGUCCCCGCCGUCCCCGCCGUCCCCGCCGCGGGCUUGGCGAGUCUCCGGACGCCACGCUCGGCGGGAGUGGAGCCGCCUCUCCGCCGGGCCGGUGCGAGCCGGUGAGCGGCCUCCAGGGCGUCCCUCCCGCCUGGGUCCCCGCUGGCGCAGUCGCAGACCCCCCGCGUGGGGCUCCGGAUCCCUUCCCGCCGGUGGCGGGCUCAGUGGGGGUGAGGAUCCGGAAAAGUCUUCCUGUCCCAGUCCUGGGUUGCCCCACCCCGAGGCUGGCUUUCCGAGCCUGGGGUGACUGAGCUCUGAGGGGGGCUCCCCAGAGGGUCUCCUUGUCCUCCACAGCCUGGGGUUGAGGGGCCGGGAGCCGCCUGGGCGCCCCAGAAGUCCUACCCAGAGGAGAUGGGUCCUGGGAAAGGCGGGAAAGCAGAGUAGAAACCAGCGGGGAGGGGACCAGGGUGAGAGGUCAUGGAGUCCCUGUUGGGUAGCCCAUCCCCCUUCCUGGCUGUGCUCUGUCGGCCCCUGCCCCUGCGGGGAAUGUGGGGGAGGCACGAUUGGGGACAAGAGAAAGGAGGAGGGUGACUUGCCCCAGCUCAUCCACCUCUGGAGCCGCGUCUCCCCUCCCCCUCCUGGCCAGCCACAGGAGUCAGCCCCACAGCAGGGCUGACUCCUUCUGCUGCCCACUGUGUCCUGGGCUCCAGGCUGGGGAGCCUCCUUGAUACAGGAUCUGGGGAUGGAGCAGUCCCCAAGGCCUGCCUGGGGCUGCCCACCCUUAGGCAGCUUCCAGGGCUAGAGGUUGGUUCCUGGGUUUCUUCUGCCAUGGCAGAAGAGCAAGGAAGAGGGAGAGGAGGCCACCCCUCCACGCUGGACACCAGCCCCCUAACCCCAAAACCCCACAUGAGAGCAUCGGCUCACCCCUGUGACCAAGCCUGCAAGCUCCAAGGGUCAGGGAAAGGAUUCUGGGGGCCUAUUGAGGCCCCUGUUAUCAGACAGGGAGCACUAAAAGCAUAGACUGGGGGCUGUGUGAGAUGGGAGAAGGACCAGAACCAUCAUCUAAACUUUUGCCCUGGCUACAAACCAACUUCAUGCCACCUGGCCAUGAAGUUGGUCUCACUGGGCCUGGAGGUCUCUGAGAGCUGAGGUUGGCAGCUUCUGUGGCCCAGCAUCAUCCCUAGUCCCAGGAAGUGAGACAGAAGUGUCUUGGCCCUGUCUCCCUCCUGGCCCCCACACACACCAGGCAGUGACUCUCGGUUCCCAGUACAAAGAAAAGACCACCUCCCUACCCGGGCAGAGGCGAAGCCAGAGCCCCAGCCCCAUCUCUUUGUCCUGCUGAGUCUUCUGGAAUGGACCUGCCUGCCAGGAAGCCAGAUCACCCCUGGUCCUGGGCUCGUCUGCUCCUUGGAGAACACAGGCGGCAGUCACAGUGGCGGUGAGGCUGUGGUGGGUAGCUCAGGAUGCCCCAGGCCCUGGAGCAGGCAGACGGCGGCUGGGCCUGGGUGGUUCUGCUGGCCACGCUGGUGAGCCAGGGCCUCACCCUGGGCUUCCCCACUUGCAUUGGCGUCUUCUUCACGGAACUGCAGCAUGACUUCCAGGCCAGCAACAGCGAGACCUCCUGGUUCCCUUCCGUGCAGUUAGCUGUGCUCCACGCUGGCGGCCUGGGUAUGUGCUUCAGCUUCCAGUCCGGCAUAACAGUGCUGGGACUCUACUUCAUCCGCCGGCGGGCGCUGGCCAAUGCACUGGCCUCAGCAGGCGUCUCCCUCGGCAUCACACUCUGGCCGCUGCUGUCGCUCUACCUGCUCGAGGACCUGGGCUGGAGGGGAGCCUUCCUUGUCUUCGGCGGGGUCCUUCUCCACUGCUGCGUCUGUGGGGCCAUCCUGAGGCCUGUGGCCACUGACAGGGCCCUUGAGACCAGAGAAGUUCCCCUUCUACCUCCCAAGACGUCUGCCCUGGGCUGUCUGGCAGUAUGUGGCCGGACCAUCCAGCACCACCUGGCCUUCGACAUCCUGCGGCACAACGUGCGCUACUGCGUCUUCACGCUGGGGAUGACGUGGAUGAUCAUGGGCUUCCCGCUGCCACAUGUCUUCCUGGUGCCAUACGCCACGUGGCAUGGUGUGGACGAGCAGCGGGCAGCCCUGCUCAUCUCCAUCAUUGGCCUUAGCAACAUCUUCCUGCGGCCCAUGGCCGGGCUGGUGGCAAACCAGCGGGCCUUUGCCAAGCACCGCAAGUACCUGUUCUGCCUGGCAAUCCUGCUCAAUGGGCUCACCAACCUGGUGUGCGCAGUGUCAGCCGACUUCCGGGUGCUGGUGGGCUACUGCCUGGUGUACAGCGUGUCCAUGAGCGGCAUUGGUGCCCUCAUGUUCCAGGUCCUCAUGGACCUUGUCCCCAUGGAUCGAUUCCCCAGCGCUCUGGGCCUCCUCACCACCCUGGAAGCCAUCACUAUCCUCAUCUCCCCGCCACUGGCUGGGUUCCUCCUGGACACCACCAACAACUUCAGCUACAUUUUCUACUUGUCAAGCUUCCUCCUCAUUUCAGCUGCCCUCUUCAUGGGUGGCAGCUUCUACUGCCUGCAGAAGAAGGAGCAGCAAGGCAGGCAGGCUAAGGAGGAAGGAGCCAGAGUGGAGGCUGCCCCAGAGUGGGGUCAUACCUUGGAAGGCAAAGACGGUCCGGAGAAGCAGCUAUGCCCUGAGAUUAUGUAUGUGACCAGCGUCUGAGCCCGGGGGUCAGUGAGUGACCAUAGUCUCAGCCCAGGAAUGGGACCUCCAGCUGCUUCACCAGGGGCUGGGGUGAAAGGUGGCCCAGGAAGCCUGGAUCUAAGGCUGUCCACAUUCCACAAGCUGGGACUCAGCUAGGAGCUGGGACCAUGGAGGUGGCCUCUAAACAUUCAGGAUUCCUUCCAGCCAGCAGAAUCCAGAACCAGCCCUCUUGACUAUUCUCGGACAGCAGGGGGACCUGGGUCUCCCAUGGCCAGCUCAGUUCAGCUGGCUGCUCAUUGCUGCUCCUACAACUCCACACUACACAUUCCAGCGCAGCUAGGAUGCCUCUGACAUCAUUCCUCUUUGUCCUUCUCUGGCCUCCAGACAGUUCUGAAGAGCUCAGCUUCCUCCAGGGCCUUCUUGUCCCCCUCUUCCCAAGUGACCCAGCCCUUAUCUUUAAGGCAGCCAAGGCUGUUGGUGUGGCUGCCCCACGCAGGUCACUGGGCCUCACGCUGACUGUGAGAGGUGGUGGUGGAGGGCCAGGCUGAGGGGUUGGCUUGGUUGCAGGAUUGGGGCAGAUUCAAGGUUGAGUGGAGUGCCCAUCCUGGCACUUGCACAGAGGACAGGAGGGGAGCCCCUGGCUUGGGUCCUAGAAUCGGUGAAGUAUGAAGGGUCCUCUGCAGUCUCAGCAGGGCCUGCUCAGGGGCUUCCUCCCUCUGCCUCUUUGGAAGGCAAAAGACAGUCCCAAGAAGCAGCUGUGCCCUGAGAUCAUGUAUGUGACCAGUGUCUGAGCCCAGAGGUCAGUGAGUGACCACUGUCUCAGCCCAGGAAUGGGACCUCCAGCUGCUUCACCAGGGGCUGGGGUGAAGGGUGGCCCAGGAAGCCUGGAUUUUAGGCUGUCCAGGUUCUACGAGUUGGGACUCAGCUAGGAGCUGGGACCAUAGAGGCAGCCUCUAAACACUCAGGGUUCCUCCAGCCAGCAGAAUCCAGGAGCAGCCCUCCAGACUGUUCUCAGACACGAAGGUACCCUGGAACCUUGGUGGGGAAGGUUAAUGCUGGGGUUGGGGGAAGCCAGACAUUUGACUGACCAGGGCAGGAAGGCUUGGUAGGCAGCCUGAAGACUGCUGUGAAAUGAGGCUGCUUCUGCAGCAGAAGCCUCUCUGCUCCCACUCCUGUCCUCUUGAGGCCCCCAUCUCCCCGCCCUGUUAGAGGUGUCAGCCCUGGUGUAAGCUGCAGGCUGGGCCAGCUGCCAGUCCAGCCUGCUUCCUGUCGGCCUGAGCCUGGGGCCUGGAGGUCAGAGCUCCCCCAAUACAGGUCAUCACCCAGGGACUGGCUGUCAUCAGCCUAGGCCUGUCCCAGCAGGGUACCAAGGGAAUGGGAAAACAGAGUGUGUUUGAAUUAAACACAAAAAUGUUCCUUGCAGCAGGUCAUAAACUCUGUGAACUAAUAAAGCUGGGAAACAGGC